AGAUAGUUAUCGUUAUGGGGGUAUGAUUUACAUUUACGGUUGUAGCGUCCAUGGGAAUAUCCUUUGGCACAUAAUAGAAAUUAUUUAUCAUGAACCAAAAUUGUGUUCACAUUAGGCGGGCGUUGUCUUUGUCCUAUAGUUGAAAUAGAUUCGAUGACAAUCGAUGGUUUCAUUUGAUUAGCAUAAGCAUCCACAAAACUGUGAUGGCAGUAAGAGGAAAAUGGGUUUUGAUUUCACUGUAUUGGUUUUGGUUGAUUCCGAUUUGCAUCAUCUCAGCACCACAGAAGCUACGUUUUGGGGGAAAUGGAGAAUUCAAGAUAUUACAAGUUGCAGACAUGCACUAUGCUGAUGGCAAGACUACGCGCUGCUUGGACGUGCUUCCUUCUCAGUAUGCUUCUUGCUCUGAUAUCAACACCACUGCCUUCAUUCAAAGGAUGAUCCUUGCUGAGAACCCUGACCUUAUUGUCUUCACUGGGGAUAACAUAUAUGGAUUUGAUGCCUCGGAUUCGGCUAAAUCAAUGGAUGCAGCAUUUGCACCUGCAAUUGCUUCCAACAUUCCUUGGGUAGCUGUUUUGGGCAACCAUGACCAAGAAGGAUCCCUCUCCAGGGAAGGUGUGAUGAAACAUAUUGCUGGGAUGAAAAACACUUUAUCUAUUGUCAAUCCUCCGGAAGUACACAUAAUUGAUGGUUUUGGGAACUAUAACUUAGAGGUUGGAGGAGUUGAAGGCACCGAUUUUGAAAAUAAAUCAGUGCUCAAUCUGUACUUUCUCGAUAGUGGAGAUUACUCCAAGGUUCCUUUUAUUCCUGGCUAUGGUUGGAUCAAACCCUCUCAGCAACUUUGGUUCCAACGAACAUCUGCGAAGCUUCAGAAAGCAUACAUGAAUGGACCAGUGCCUCAGAAAGAACCUGCUCCUGGUCUUGCAUAUUUUCACAUUCCAUUGCCUGAACAUGCCAGUUUUGACUCGUCAAACUUCACAGGUGUGAAACAAGAAGGUAUUAGUUCUGCUUCUGUGAAUUCUGGCUUCUUCACCACGUUGGUUGAAGCAAGAGAAGUGAAGGCAGUUUUCAUUGGCCAUGAUCACGUCAAUGACUUCUGUGGCAAGUUAACGGGUAUAAAUCUUUGUUAUGCUGGGGGAUUUGGAUAUCAUGCUUAUGGAAAAGCUGGAUGGUCAAGGAGAGCAAGAGUGGUGGUAGUUAGCUUGGAGAAAACAGAGAAUGGUGGUUGGGAAGAUGUCAAGUCAAUUAGAACAUGGAAACGCCUUGAUGAUCAACAUCUUACUGCAAUUGAUGGUCAGGUUUUAUGGAGCAAGAGCUUUGGCGGAAACCGCAAGAAAAAAGAAGACGGUGGCUCUUGAGAAUUUCCAGUGAUGCAGACAAGUGUUGGUAUCAUGAAGGUUAUUUAGGAACGUCCAAUGAGGUUUUAUACAUCAUAUGUUUUUAUCAAUGGAACCUGUUUAAUAUACAUGUCCCAUAAUUAGAUGUAGCAAUACAAGAAAGCUUUGUAAAGAAUAAUAAAAUGGAAUGGAAGUUCAUCAACGUGUUACAAUGAUUGUAUGCUAUGCAAUUGCAACUGUCCGCACACUUGAAUGAUAAUGUCUUUAAUUUAUU